UUUUUUUAAAUAACACGCGUUUUAUAUUAACUUUAUAUGUUUAGCAUUUGUACAGAAACUAUUCUUAAAGCGUUUUAAUUAAAUAUAAAUAACAUUUUUAUAGACACCCAGCGAUUGGUGCUUUUGGCUAGCUGUAUUAUUCGGUCAAUGUUAGUUUUGCUGGUCAGUGAAGUGGCUAUUUAUAUAUACACAGGUCUUCAAUUAGGUUUUGUUACGUAAUGGUGGAAGCUUUAUUCCGUCACAAAAUGGCAUUUGUUACGUAAUAAAGACAUUAUAUAUUUAAAUUUCAUGCCAGCCGUAUAUAGGUGUAGUUAUAAAUAAAUACUUUAUUUUUGUAAUAUAAUAAAAGAAAUGAGCCUUACGAAGCUGCCAGGACGCCAUAGACUUGCAGUGUUGCCAGGUUUAGCUCCUUCUAGAUCCGCUAGUUUAGCGGGCAACGACAUCACCACAACACUGGCCACAUUAGAUGAUGAAAGCAGCAACAAGCAGUUAGUUCCAAUACCUUCUUAUCCAAACUCAAAACACAACGUAAGACAACUACCAGCUUGGAAUGGGACUACUUCACUACGGUCCAGGGAAAGCGACGAAAGCAUCGGAGGUCACAUUCAAAAUGUCGUCACGAGAAUCACCAUGUUGGAAGAAGGGAACAAAGCGAUUCUGGAAGAGGUCUACCGACUACAAAGCAACGCCAGAGCGGCUGACUAUUCAAGAAAAGAGGUUCAGAAAGAAGAAAAGAAAGUUCAACGUGAACUUAUGGAGACGAUGCGGUCAAGUAAUGACGUCAUCAGUCAGCUGACGUCACGACUCCGAAGAGCUGAGGAGAAACUUCAUCAUGAGCGAGAAAAUCUACAAAAUAUAACUUCACAUUCGAAGAAGCUGGAGCAGGCAUUAUUCAACUCUCAAAAAGAAACCGACUCCCAGAGAGAGACGCAGACGUCACAGAUGACUGACUUACGUCACAGACUUGAAGAUAUAACUCGAAAGUUAGAAAAAGGGGACAGAACAUCGGAAAAUAUUGUCGACGAAUUUCACCAACUUAAAAAUAAAUUAGAUACUCAGGCGAUGGAGUUCAGCCACAUGCAAAACGAGAUGAAACAGAGAUCGAAACGAACGGAAGAUGAAAUUAAACAAACCCUUCAACAAGCGAGGUUGCAGAAGGAUAAUAAUAAUAUGGCUGAACAAAAUACUCUUCAACUAAGGCAUUUGUUUGAAUCACGAAUGGCAGAAACACGUGACGCAGUGGUUGAGCUUCGUAAUCGAGUCGCACACGCAGAGUCGGAUGCAAGAUCCCAAGUACAACAGGUCAGUCUUAAAGUGUCGGAACUUCAAUCUAACCUGGGAGAUUUAUCUCAUAAGAGAUUGGAAGAACUUCAGUCUUUGGAGAAGACGAGACAGGAACAAAGUCAUUCAGAAGAAAAUGAAAGAUUAAAACUUCAUAAAAAGAUUCAGGUCGUCGUUGAAGAAAUGAGCGAAAAACUUCUUCAAAAAGAAUCGAGAUUACGAGAGGAAGCUCUUCGUAAGUUUGUGGAUGUUGAAAAGUUGAUGCAGAGAGAAGAAUCUUCUCGUGUGGACUUUGAGAGGCAGAUGAGGGAAGACACCGAAAACAGAUGGAACCUCCAACAAAAGAUUUACAACGAAGAGAUGCAAUCAAUGAAAGAAAUGCGAAGAACAGAAAGGACACGUCAUUCUACCAACUAUAAGAAGAUUGACGAAAUGUUUAAAACAUUGGAUCGAAAGAUAAAUAAUGACAGGAAAUCAGUGGAAAAAGUGUUGCUUGCCGAAAUCACGAAGCGUGAAGAGCAAGCAACGCGUCAGGGAGGUCAUAUAGACGGGGUACAAGAACAACUUCGUAUCGCAGUAUCUACACUGCAACAAGCUAUUGGUGGUUUACAGUUCCAAGCGGCAAAGGAUAAAGAUCGUGUUCUGGGCGAGAUAAAGAGUCGAAUGGAAGACGGUGAAAGUAAAUUAAACAGAGCUUUGACCGACACUGAUGCUCGUUUGACUGCUUUGUCCAUUCGCCUCACACAACAGGAAGAGACUUUGGAUUCAAAAAUGUCCGAAUUCAAAUCCACUGUAAGGGAGCAACAUAAUGAGAUGAUGCACAGCGCCACUGAGUGGAGAGAAGUUAUGAAUAAAGAUAUCGUUUCGAUGCAAGACGUUUUAAAAAGUGUGCCGCAAGAACUGAAGGAGACGCAGGAAAGAGUCGAACUUCUAAAAGCUGAUGUUGAAACUAAGACGACGUUGGAAGCUGAGAGCAGGUUUAAAGAUGCUGAGUCAACCAAGAAGCAGUUACGUAACAUGAGCCAGCAUUUUGAAGACAUAGAUUCUUCAAUGAUUGAGGGAAAACUGAAGUUUGAUCAAAUGCAAAGAGACGUGACGUUGGCGCAAAGGACUGUGUCACAGAUGGAGCGUCUACUCAACGAUGCUCGUUCCAAUCUUACUGUUCGUGUGAACUCUGAGACCAAGAUGAGGAUGGAGGAGACGAGUGGGAUCAAACAAGAGCUUGCUCGUUUAAAGAUGGAUAUUCAACCCUUGCUAUGGAAGAAGAAAUCAGAUGAUCGAACUUUUGUGAAGAGACCUUUAUCAACUUUGAAUGAAUGGGGGUUGUAUCAAUGUGCAAGAUGGUACGACAUUAAGAUGCGAUGGUUGCAACUCUUGGAUAAAAGUCGGCAUCGAAACUUCCCCCCAAGAUCCAAAGAAUUCUUCCCAGUACGGGAUCCUCCUAAAUCUGCAUCACCCGUAUCUUUAGGUCCGGAUGCCAGAGCUGGGAUUCCGGAUGCUGAUCUAGAUCAGACAGAUUACUCUGGCGAAGACACAGAACUGGAAAAUCUCGUUGAAAGGAAUGACACUCCAAGUCAACUUGCUUCUUCUCGCGCUACUUCUGCUGACGUACUUGAUGCCAAUGACGUCAUCGGAGAUGUCGGCGAUGACGUAGUCGAAGGCAACAUGCCACCAGAUGGAGCUAUAAACCCUCAACCCGCGUGGUACAACCAGGAAAAUGUUGGCGAGAAAAAAACGAACGCGUCGAGAGCCUCAAACAAGAGCGGUGGACAGAGUAGUCCUAAAGUUACGAAGCAAUCGACCCCACAGCCUACACCAGGUAAUCAAUCACCACCUGGUAGCAAAAGGUCGCCACUGCAGCGAGAUUCUGGUGGUUCGAGGGCAAGCAGGGCAUCACAGCGAAAAAGUAACGAAGCUGCAGCCCCAUCUACCGGUGGUCAGCCGAAGCGUCAACAAUCCCAAGUCCAACCCGGAGGGGGUACGUCUUAUGAUAUGGAAGGACGAAGAAAUUAAACUUUGUUUGUUUAAACUAGAUUUCCUAUUUUGGCGCCGGAUUGUAGUUACAACGUAACUGCGUAAAUUUCCACUGUUUUUCUUAACCCGCUGCUACGAGUGCUUUCAUUUAUCACUGUGUCUUUUUAUGUAGUUUUCUUACGUAACUUGCACUGUACACGAUUGUAAUGGUUGGAAUAAAAUAAUAAAUAUUGUA